UUAGACGCGGCGUUCAAACGCAGCGUUCAAAACGCUGAAUCUAUAUCUUACACACCUAGCGUACGUUCGCGGUUUUCAAACGCGCGGGAAAAAUAUUUUUCACUACGCACGCCUCGGAACUUGCCAAUCGUUCAUAACUCGAGUUUCGUUCAGUACCAUCACACGAUCGCGGAAUUAUAUUUUUGCUUUUUACUGAAAAUAUGGACGCCUUAAAUAACUUAAAUGAUGCAGAAGCUGUCUGUAUAGUGUAUUCGUUGUAUAAAAUUAAUAUGAGACAAAAAAAAGAUAAAAAAAUUAAGCGUCGUUGGUGGGUACAUCCACUUAACUUAAAAAGGCCGCGUGAAGGACAGUUUCAAGUAACUUUUUUGACAUUAAGGAAAUAUCCAGAAGAGUUUUUUAAAUAUUUCCGUAUGUCAAUUAAAACAUUUGAUGAGCUGUUAGAUAUCAUUGGAAGAAAGUUGAAAAAGCAAGAUACUGUGUUACGGUUAUCUAUUCCACCUGAAGAAAGACUAACUGUUACAUUAAGGUAAGUGACUAAUUAUUAGUA